CUAAAAUAACAUACCUUGUUUCCCCACUCCGAGACAUUCCAUUAUGACAUCUACGUCACAGCUUUGUCAGUCAGAUCUAUUCAAGAAACGCUCCGAGCUCCUCAGCCGCGAUGCUCGAGUGGUUCUCUCAUAUGAUAGAGCCAAGGCCAUUGGUUUAGCAUUCGGCAUCACUUUCAACGACAUAUUGAAUUUGACGCAAAAUUUUUGGGACAUACACACCCACCCGAACAUGGUCCUAGAUGGGGCCGCGUGUACGCUGCUGACCAUCCAGUACAAUUUGGUCGCUGGAACGCUUGCAAAAUAUGCUGCGACUACUAGACCUGAUUUGAUCUCCCUCGUCGAGGACAUUCUUCGGUGGGAUGUCAUUGGUCAAUUCUGCCUUACCGAGCUGGGGAGAGGCAUAGACAUCUUCCGAAUGAAGACAUCAGUGACACUUCUUCCAACAGGGGAAUUCGACCUCCAUACACCGUCGCCCUCGGAUGCCAAGUUCAUGCCACCAACCAUUCCAAUGAAAGGUCUUCCAUGCGUCGCCGUUGUUUUCGCACAACUGUACGUAGACGGCGAAUGCCGUGGACCUCGACCGUUUCUUGUGAAUAUAAACGACGGAUAUGAUAUGUGCAGCGGGGUGACUUCGAUGCGAACUUAUUGCUCUAUGACUAGGUUGCUACCACCUAGAGGAGGCUCGUCCCCCGUCAACCAUGCGCUCACAAGCUUCCAUCACGUCCGCUUACCCCCUUCGGCCCUUCUCGGGGAUCUCACCAAGUCCAACACAAUCCAUCAUGACUUCAUGUCGUCUAUAUGGCGUGUUAUGGUCGGGUCGCUAGCGCUCAGCUCACUUGCGAUACCUUAUCUCCGGGUGGGAUCGUUCGUCGCCGCGCGUUACUUUCAGCGUCGUCAUGUCACCAGUUUGCAAGGAAAUCCUGUGCCCAUAAUUUCAUACCGAACGCAACAGCUCCCUCUAUUACACGCCAUUGCUCAGGCGUUCGUUCUGAGAGCGCUUCACAAAUGGGCUAUCGAACAGUUUAUGGACAAUAAUCUUGAUGUUCGUGUGCGACACGGCAUUGCGGCUUGCUGCAAAGCAGUCAUGAUUCAGCAUGCACAAGUUGCAAAUUAUGUCCUGUCUGAAAGACUGGGAGCUCAAGGCCUCUUCGAAUAUAAUCAGCUGUCCAACUUUUAUAGCGAGAUGAGGGGAGUCAGCAUCGCUGAAGGUGACAUUUUAGCGCUUUCCAUGCGACUCGUGGCAGAUACCUUGUCGCAAACGUACGAGUUACCUGUCUCAACACACCCAGAUGGGCCACUUGCGAUGCACGAAAUCUCGUUAUUCGAUGAGGCAACCGAGACAGUUUUCUCCUCAUCCGAUUUCACGCAAGCAUUCAUGCAAUAUGUGCAACCGCGCUGUCAGCUUAUGGUCGAAUCCAUGGGACACCGCAUGGCCUGUGACGCCGCUGUCGACCAAGGGGUCCCCCAAUGUCUUGUUGAUCUGUAUCUCAUCAAUGCGAUCAAGACAGAUGCUGCGUGGUACGUAGAACAUGGCGUGUUUACGCGGAAGGCCAUUGUGCAUAUGGAGGAUGCUGCUUUGUCGGCAGCUUUGCCUCGCCUGGAGGAGUUGCUCACUGCGAUGGAGGUUGAGCCAUACGUGUCGUCACCCAUCAUAUCGGAUAAGUGCUGGGAGGAAUUUAGCAAGACAUUGCCUGUCUAUAGCUCCCCUCAGGCUCAGGUACCAGCGGCGCGACUUUAGUUUUGGAGCGAGCUCGAAUUUAAAGCUCUGGGUCCCUAGAACCUUGCAUAAAUAUGAUGCGAUGGUUGCUCAUAACUUUCCGUAAAGUUACUCAUGAUUAGCUAGUGAUUCGUUUUUCUCCCCAUUUACAUGUCAUGCUCUAUGUGAUAUUAUCCAGGGCCUAGUCAAAGUUUAAGUACCGUGAUGGUUCCUAAAGUUUCCGGCUCGUUCUUAUACACGAUUCUAGAGCUUUGAUUUCCCUGAAGAAAUAACGUAUUUCCUGUGCAGGAAGUCGGCAAUGACUCGUGCUGUAUGAACAGUUAGAUUAGUCCUUCAUGUCAACAUACCAAGCUCUUUUGGAGCCUCUUGAGG